UUUGAUAUUUCAGUGCCGUACGCCGUACUACUCUCUCCUCGGGAGGAGCACCUUGCUGCUCCGAGUGUUUUGUGUAGUUGGAUUUUGUGUUUCUGUGAACAAUUCGAGAUGGACCCGCCACACGGAUUCGGAAUUUGGAUGCUCUGCAUUCUCAGCGGCUGGCCUGGUGGUCCACCUGGCCGCCUCUUGAACGGCGACGCGUGGGUCCAGAUCGCGCCGGUGCAAAAAGGAAGCGGCGUCUGCCCCGAAAUCAGACCUGGAAUCGACGUCACCUUUCACUUGUACCAGUUUUACGAUGGACACGACGCAGACAAGUACAAAACGCUCAUCCCUUACGACAAAGAAAACUUGGCCGCCUCAGGUUUCAACCCCAAUUACCCGACCGUAUUCUAUGCGCACGGCUAUUUGGCAGGACCGGAGUCGAUCGAAACGAGAACUGUGAGAAGAGCCUACGCCGCCAGGGGAGGUUUCAAUUUCGUCACAGUCGGAUGGAGACCACUCGCAGCCGGUCCGUUUUACCAGACGGCCGUGGAAAAUGUGAGCCCCCUGGGCUAUCAGAUCGCGCGAAUGCUUGACUUCGUCGAGAGGAAUGCCGGACCACUGAAGGACCUGCACUUGAUCGGCAAUAACCUUGGUGCCCACGCCAUGGGGGUGGCUGCCGGCAAGACCAACGUUGUCAGGGUCCCAAGGAUCACAGGUUUCGAUCCGCUGAUGGCAAAUAUCUCAACGUUCCCUGUCGAAGAAAGGCUGGAUCCGGGGGACGCGUAUUUCGUGGACGUAAUCGACACCGACAGCCCAUCAGAGCGGAGGCCGCACGACUUUGGGCACGCCAAUUUCUACAUCAGCAGACCCAAGCCAAGCAAGUGCCAUGUGCCCAGAAUUCUGCGCGCACCGACUAACUACUACCGCAAAGAAUUCUGCGGCCACGGACGCGCCUUCGAGGUGUACGCGCGCAGUGUCAUGUUCGAGAACGCGUUCCCGGCGAUGCGUUGCGCGAGCUACGCGGCGUACAGACAGGGGUUGUGCCGCGAGCCCGAGGAAGCGGUGCCCAUGGGAUUCAAGGCGCCGAACAGCGCCCGCGGCAGCUACUUUCUUUUUAACGAGAAGGAACUCUUCGGUCUGGGAAACGCAGUCGAUGCUACUCUACAAACAUCAAACCAAAUUGGGCAGCGCCGCGCCACUUCGCCGGCGGGCGGCAACCCAUUCCUUUGGAAGCAACUCCAAGAUUUCUUCGCUCCGCCUCGCCGAUAUUAAAAACUCUGAAAGACACCAAAAAUUAUGAAUAGUUAAAAAUGAAGGAUAAAUCCUGUGAGGCAUGAAAAUCUAAAAACAAUUCGAAUCGCAUCAUUUUGAAAAGAUUAAAAAAUUAAAAUCAGAACAAAUAUUUAAGGAGCUUCCUGAAACAUUUUUACAUAGGUUUUUUAGGCUAUACAAAUUUUGAAAAUUGACGGGUUAUUUUAUGAAAAAACGGAAAAAACCAUGUUGUUUAAAAUCUUUAUAAAAAGUUCUUCCAGAAACUCUCAAGUGAAAUUUAAUCUUCAAAAUUACAAUUUGACGACUUUUUAACUUUGUAUUUAUUUUUGCAUAAAUUCUAUAAGAGGUGUACAAUUUUUUGCUUUUAUAGCUCUGAGAGAGCAGGCGUUUGUUGGUGUCAAUUGUGAGUGUGAAGCGCGUCUGGCAAAUUAAUCAGACGCAGACUGCUGUGACAAAUUGUGUGAUGCUGUUUGCGAGGCAGAUGCUGUGAAUAGUGCGAAAAUUAUUCAUCAGCUCUAGCGUCGCUCGCUCUGUGUAUGUUCAAACGCUAGAGAGAGCCAGUUCUAAAUAUAUGCACGAGAAUUGCUCAGAGUAAACAUAAACAUUUGGCUAUGUGCGCUCUACAUGUAUGUAUAAAUGCGGUUUGUUAUUCGGCUGGCAAAUUCUUGUUUGUUUGCACCGUUUGUUAAUGUAUUGUUGUGUAUUUUACCAUCAGCAUGGUCAUUGAGUGUGAACCAAAUUUAGCUCAUUGUGAGGAAAAUUAUUUUCCCGUCUGUUGUGCAAAUACUCAAAAUGCUGGUUCUAAUGAAAAAUUAUUAAAUAAACGUAUGCAUUAACAAUAAAUAAAACUUGGAUUUCCUGAUAGAUUUUUUUAUGAAACCGUUGCUGCAAUCUCGUUAUAGACUUUUGUUGUAUAUUUAAAUUUU